CGUGACGCGGCUCUCGCCGGUCGUCCACGGACAGGACGCGUGGCUCGAGCUCGUCUUCGACUGCGUGGCGGCGCAUGCUGUCGUUCAAGUCGAUGCGUUUGCACGCAAAGCGUUCGAAGGCAAUCCCGCGGCCGUCGUCGUGCUACCUCCGACGCAGUUUGACGCGCCUGGUGCUGCCACGUGGAUGCAGCAGGUCGCGCUCGAGCGCAACUUGAGCGAGACCGCCUUUGUGUCACCGCGCGACGCUAGCCCCAAUGACUAUAACCUUCGCUGGUUCAAACCGGCCAAGGAAGUCGACAUUUGCGGCCACGCGACGCUCGCAGCCGCCUACACGCUGUACGUCGACGGCCACUGCGCCAAGGACGCCUCCAUCCGCUUCCACACCAAGAGUGGCGUGCUCACGACGCGGUAUGUGACGCAGCCUGACGGGGUCGCCGGCAUCGAGAUGGACUUUCCCACAAUGCACCGUGUCCCGCGUGACGAGGCGUGGCGGGCCGCGACGUCGUCGACACUCGUGGCAGCGCUUAGCAUUGGCAUCCAUGACGUCAUUGCCAUCGAGCAGUACGGCACCGACAUCAUCUGCCAUGUCACCCCGACCGCCUUUGCCAAGAUGACCCCAAACUUUCGCUUGCUCCUCGUCCUCGACUGCCGUGCGACGAUCGUGACGUGUGCGGCGCAUCAUGUCGACUCGGGCUAUGACUUCUACAGCCGCUUCUUCGGGCCUCGAAGCGGUGUCCAUGAAGACCCCGUCACGGGCAGCGCCCACUGCGCACUCGCGCCGUAUUGGUCGACGCUGCUGCCACAAACGAGCUUCCGUGGCCGACAAGAAAGCGCGCGGGGCGGGGACGUGAGCGCUCGCUUGGCCGGCGACCGCGUCUUCCUCUUUGGCACCGCCGUCUUAACACUGCGCGGCACGCUUCUUGCCUGAGGGAAGCCAACGAGCAGCGUCCGGUCCGACACCGUCUGCCCCGACUCAUUAGCCUCAAUAGACUCGCAUCCCUA